UUUUGGUGCCGAAAUUUCCCGGGACCCAAGCAUUCUAGGUGUUGAGGCGACGUGGGAUCAACUGGCCGCUGUCGACAACCGCUCCAACUUCAGGAACGAGGCCAAUAGGAAUUUGGUCCUGCGCCGUUUCAACGCCGGGUGGACGGGUCUUCGAUUCCAGGGAAAGGCACCAAGACUGGAAUUGCUGAAACCGGGUGACCAGAUCCUGAUUCGAGUGGUGAAAAGAAAAACGUGGUCAUCACCUCGUUGGGACGGCCCCUUUGUUGUUCAGAUCGCGACCCCGACAGCAGUAAAGAUUGCCGAACGAUCUACGUGGGUUCACCAGUCACAGUGCAAGCUGGUAAAAAACUUUCCAGACCCUGAGUAGGCCGGAAGUCGGACGGUACCAAAACCUUUGUCCGCUGAAGAACUCAUCUGACGCCUAUACUCACCAGCCACGGGUCAGUACACCGCGAUCAUGAGAGUCCCACUCAUCAUCAUAGCCGUUGUGGCCCUUCUGUUUACAAUCUGGUUCCUGGUGGAACAGACUGGAGAGGAGCUCCGAAAGAAGAAAUCAGUAACGGCCAUACAAAUCCGCAAGUGGUAUGAAGUUAGACAACCUAAAACUCGGUUUGAAAUGAAUAUGUGGUACAACUUUGCUGUGUUUAUAGCCAAGGAACAAAAUAUGUCUAACUGUUAUGUGUGUAGCCGAAUGCCUCUGUCAACAGGAAGCCCACCAGUACAUCCCAUUCCCAUAGAUCCACGUAAUGGUUCGUACUACCCCGAUAUAUUAAAAUCCAGGUACAGCCCAGGCUUGUUGCCAAAUUACGUUAAAGGAUUUAACAGCACGCCCCCAGCCAAUAAGGGCCGUGGGUUUGACCAUUUACUAUCAUACAAUUGGUCGUCCCCAAUCAUGAUACAGAAAAUACCAUUCCCACAACACCUUAAAGCAGUCUGUUACAGCAACAAAGUUGAUUGGGGGAAACCCACACCCGUAGGGGAAGUUCCACUCUCUAAAUGCUCCGUCAAUCUAGCUGCUUGCGGCCGGAACAUAUCUGACCCUACCAAAUUUAAUGAAACCUUAUUGCCCACGAGUGCCACUUGUACUGAGUAUUAUGCAGCUCCUGAUGCAGCUGGCACUGACCCACAAGAUGAUAUCUCUUGGAUGUGUGGCAACUCAAUCUAUCUGCUUCUUCCACCAGGAUGGACAGGUAGAUGUACGAUGGUGAGAUUGGUCCAAGACGCAUUUGUGUUUCAUGGACAUCAUACCCCUCCACGUACUAAACGUGCCAUAGGUAUUCUCCCCCAUGACUCAGUCUGGGGUAGAGAUGUCCCCGAUGACCAUAAACUCUGGUCAACAAGCCAAAAGAUAGUUCUGUCGGCCCUUCCCCAGUUGGGAGUUGGAAAGACCAUGUUAAGGAUUGAGACUAUAAAUUAUCGUAUGGGUCUGUUCAUUAAUUCCACUCUUAAAGCCUUAGGGGGCCUAACAGCUGAAGUUACCGCCAUUAGAGAAAUGGAGCUUCAAGAUAGAACUGUGUUAGACUUGAUAACUGCUAAGGAUGGUGGAGUCUGUGCAAUGAUUGGGGAACACUGCUGUACGUUCAUCCCUGAUGAAACUGGUGCCGAAGGUAAUGUUACCAAAGCUAUAGCCGAGUUGCGUCAGUUAGCCAAAGUUGUAUCAGAAGACAGACGCUCAGCAGGCACCACUUUUUGGUCCUGGCUGACUUCUGGCCCCUGGACUGACAUAAUGACUAAAAUUAUGAUUCCGAUUAUUACUGUCCUUGUACUAUUUUGUGUUUUCGUUACCUGUAUUAUUCCGUGUCUCCGUGCAAUGGUCCAAAGAACCAUUCAAACUUCCUUAAUCCAGUAUUCAGAGGUCUGUUACCAACAACUCCAACGAACUCUAACUGAUGGCAAGGAUGAUUAUGAUGACAUUGGAGUAUAGACUGUUUUAUUUUGUUUUCUGUGAAAUGUUAAGUGUCUUGGCCUGGGUGAUCGCUCACUAGGAGGGUCGGAGAGGAAUUUUGCCCCAUAUUACCGGGUUUUCGCCUCUCCCUUGACAUAUUUCCUUGACAUAUAAUUACUCGUUGACAAACUUGUGUUAAGUGUGUUAUAAACUCCCCUUGCUAAUUCUUAAAUGUUUGACCUUAAUAUGAUGCUACUAUUCUAAGCCUAAUGGACGGAUAUUAGUUGAAGUUUCCAAAGGUUAAAGAGGAGGGAAAUGUGAGGUUAAAAUCAACCUUUGGACUUGUUCUGUCAUUAUGUAAUCGUCACAUGCUUGCCUGACAGGAGCCACUCAGCCACUUCCUGAUUUAUUCAGGAUUUGAACUGUCCUCUGACAGGUGACCACUGUAAUUCAGAACUCAAUCAAACGUUAUCACUUCCACCCAUUGUCCACUAUACAAUGUCUACUGUCUAAUGUUUACUAUGCCUUGUUCUUAUGUGAUCAAUACCUGUCAAAGUGUCUUAAUAAAAGCAUCAUGCAGAGCAAAGGACUUUGGAGAAGCAUUCGUGUUCUCUCCCCUUCUGCAGAAGUGCGCAAAAUUAUUC